GCGAAUAAUAACAUUGUGGAAGCCACCAUAUUGGGAGAGUCAGAGCAGGGACGACUAUCAAUGGAAUAUGUAACGGUUGUAUUUUUAUAUCUGCCUUGCAAAUAUUCCACUGCCUUUCGGGUGUAGAGACGAACACAGCUCAGUUUUGGGUGAAAAUCCGAAGGAUUGCAUAUCAGUUGUCUACAGAAUCGCCAAAAUCCACUUGAGGUAAAACCUGUUUGUUUUGUAGUACUAGCUUGGUUUGUUAGCUAAGCUCAGGUCGCCGGUUGACCAAAUACACAACAAAAGUGACCAGUGUGACCACAGGUGUCUUGAACGUUGGUGAACUGUCUCCAUCCAACACUGCCAUGGACCAGGACUAUGAGUGUCGGCUGCUUCGACAGAUCAAUAUCCACAACGAGAAUGCCAGCCCUGUAAAAGCAGCGGAUUCGAGGAGAACCCUGACGCCCACCAGCUCGCCCGUGUCCUCCCCGAGCAAACACGGCGACAGGUUCAUUCCGUCUCGCGCCGGAGCCAACUGGAGCAUCAACUUCCACAGGAUCAACGAGAACGAGAAGUCGCCCAGCCAAAACAGGAAAACAAAAGACGCAACUUCGGAUACCACCAAAGCAGACGGGCUGGCCUACUCUGCCCUGCUGAAGAACGAGCUGCUGGGGGCCGGGAUCGAGAAGGUCCAGGACCCCCAAACCGAGGACCGCAGGCUGCAGCCCUCCACCCCCGAGAGGAGGAGCCUCUUUAGUUACUCCCUCAGUUCCAAACGCUGUAGCCCCGACGAUGGAAAAACGGUCUCCCCGUACUCCCUCUCCCCCGUCAGCAGCAAGAGCCAGAAGUUGUUACGGUCGCCGCGGAAACCCACGCGCAAGAUCUCCAAGAUCCCCUUCAAGGUGCUGGACGCCCCGGAGCUGCAGGACGACUUCUACCUGAACCUGGUGGACUGGUCAGCCCUCAACGUGCUCAGCGUGGGCCUGGGCACCUGCGUCUACCUGUGGAGCGCCUGCACCAGCCAGGUGACUCGUCUGUGUGACCUCUCUGUGGAGGGAGACUCCGUGACGUCAGUGGGCUGGUCCGAGAGGGGUAAUCUGGUGGCGGUGGGGACUCAUAAAGGGUUUGUGCAGAUCUGGGACGCGGCUGCUGGGAAGAAGAUGUUCACCCUGGAGGGUCACACAGCCCGAGUCGGCGCGCUGGCGUGGAACGCGGACCAGCUAUCUUCGGGCAGCCGGGACCGCAUGAUCCUGCAGCGGGACGUCCGGACCCCGCCCCUCCAGUCGGAGCGACGGCUCCAGGGCCACAGGCAGGAGGUCUGCGGCCUGAAGUGGAGCACGGACCACCAGCUGCUGGCCUCGGGGGGCAACGACAACAAGCUGCUGGUAUGGAACCACUCCAGCCUGCUGCCGGUGCAGCAGUACACCGAGCACCUGGCGGCGGUGAAGGCCAUCGCCUGGUCGCCCCACCAACACGGCCUCCUGGCGUCCGGGGGGGGCACGGCCGACCGCUGCGUGCGCUUCUGGAACACGCUGACGGGCCAGCCGCUGCAGUGCAUGGACACCGGCUCCCAGGUCUGCAACCUGGCCUGGUCCAAGCACGCCAACGAGCUGGUGAGCACGCACGGAUACUCUCAGAACCAGAUCCUGGUGUGGAAGUACCCGUCCCUCAUGCAGGUGGCCAAGCUGACGGGCCACUCCUACAGAGUCCUCUACCUGGCCAUGUCUCCAGACGGGGAGGCCAUCGUCACGGGCGCCGGCGACGAGACCCUGCGCUUCUGGAACGUGUUCAGCAAAACGCGGUCGACGAAGGAGUCGGUGUCGGUGUUGAACCUGUUUACCAGGAUACGGUAAUAUUAGGACUGGGUUUGGGGGGCGGGGGACUUGAGAGAGGAAGGUGCACAGACUGCAUCACACAAAGCUCAGAUCGUUCUGCCAGAGACGGACCGAACUACAGCUCCUCCUGCACGUCCUUCCGGAGAGGAACGCUGAAGGAAGAGGAAGAAGGCCGGAGUCAAAAUGGAAAAAAUCAAUUUUCCUCGAUAUUUGUUUACACACACGUGACACGUUACCAGGACCGCCAAAUGAGUAUUUGGAUAAUGUUUUGUUGGUUUUGUUUUUGAUGUUCUUUUUUUUAAUGUUUAUUUUGUUUUAAAAUAUCAACGUCUUUUUUUUUCUUCUAUUUUUGUGUCCUCUGUGUUCACUUAAGUUUGUUUGAAACAGCCUUGUACACCAACGCCAUUUAACCACUGGGAGAGAGACUCGGGCGCCAUUUUAGUUUUCUAGAAUUCUAAUUUAUUUACUUUGUAAUAAUACUUUUGACAAUUAUAAUAUAAUUGGCCAAACGUGCAUAAAUGGAAUUUAUGGAAGAACAAAUGUUUUUUACAAUGGGGGAAAAAAAAUAUUUUUUAAAAACAAACAUAUGAAUGGAUGUUAUGAAAAUUCAAGCUGCUCUUGGAAAAUCUUUGGAACUGAGGAUCUGAGAUCAAUCAAACCGGUCUUGUUUUUAUGGAGUACGGCGAAGCACGUUACCCUUACCACUUCGUUCAUGGCAUGCAAAAGCACUUCAUUUUAAACAGGACAUUGAGAGAUCUGUCAGCCAGUGUGUGUAAACGUCUUAUCGGAACAAGCAUUGGUUGACUUUGUGUCUUAAAGGAUGUAGCAGCUGCUGGUAUUCCAAGGACCAUACGCAGCAUAUUAGAAAAACACUUCUUUUUUUUUUUUUUUACACUAUUGUGGGUGCUUUUUAACAUAUUGGAACAACGGUUCAAUGCCUUUACCCUUCCGACCUGUGCCACCAGUGUUCUUCUUUACCUGUGCAUAUCCGCGUAUGGAGAGGCUGAACACGUUGUGUCUGAGCAGUGGUACCUGUGUCAGUAUUCCAUUUACAUUUUUUUUCUUCCGGAGUGUUUGAGUAAAAUUUAAACCAACAAGGCAUAAUUUGUUUGCGGAACACUGAACUGAAAAAGAUAUCAUGAUGAUUGUAUAACUAGGGGACGGUUAAAAAGCACGGUGUAGCCUGUAUAAUUUUGGCCGGGAGAGUCUUGAUCACGAGUGGUUUUGAAAGUCCAUGUCCCAAAAGAUACUCUGUUUUUAUUUCUGAUUGAACAGAGAGGCUUGAUUUCCCUCUGAAAGUUUUGUCGUGUAAAAAUACAGUUUAGCUCUUGUUUGUGGUGGCUUGUUUCUUACUGUACAGCUGGAAUGAAUGCUAUUUAUUUGAGUUCUGAAUCAGUGUUAUCUUGUUGGCUUGAGCGAAACGCUUGAAAAGAAGCAUGUUGAAUGAAUGACGACCUAUUGUUUGUGCAUCCAUUUGUAUUUUCCUUUUUCACUGACAACAAAAAGGUGGGUAAGCCUGUUGAACAGACAUUUUCUAUUCCUCUUUUCUAUCAUCGACAGAACUGCAAUUAUAACUGCCAACUCGAACAGCGUAAAGAAUGUAAAAUAAACAGAAUAAAUUCUGUCUUGUGACCCACA